UAGCAACUCCCGGCAGGUUCUUUACAAGCCCUUGCUUUGAGCUCCUGCGUUUGGGAGCAGCCUCGGAAGCUAACAGCCCAGCUGUUCCUUACGCAGGUGGUUGGUCGUUUGGAGCUGCUGGCUGAGCAUGUGGUGUGGGAGCCCAGCUGCCAUGGUGGCCUUUUGCGCCGGACUUUGGUUCUCUAGCCCGGGGCGGGCGCAGGGCCAGGAGGCCGGGGGUCGGCCGGGCGCCGACUGUGAAGUAUGUAAAGAAUUCUUGAACCGAUUCUACAAUUCCUUGAUAGCCAGAGGGGUCAACUUUUCUGUGGACACCAUAGAAAAAGAAUUGAUCAGCCUUUGCUUGGAUGUCAAAGGAAAAGAAAACCGCCUGUGCUAUUAUCUAGGAGCCACGAAAGAUGCAGCCACCAAGAUCCUAAGUGAGGUCACUCGCCCAAUGAGCGUGCACAUGCCCGCGAUGAAGAUUUGUGAGAAGCUGAAGAAGAUGGACAGUCAGAUCUGUGAGCUGAAAUACGAAAAGAAAUUAGACUUGGCAUCAGUGGACCUGUCCAAGAUGAGAGUGGCAGAGCUGAAACAGAUACUGUACAGCUGGGGAGAAGAAUGUAGGGCCUGUGCAGAAAAAACGGACUACGUGAAUCUCAUUAAAGAACUGGCACCCAAGUACACAGAGACGCCUCCCCAGACAGAACUCUGACUCCUGGAAGCUGGCACACCAUUGAUUUCAGUUAGAGACAAAAUGACUUUCUAGAGUAUGGGUGUGUUGGUUGAGAGUCAUCAGGAAUUGCAAUGUGUGUGGAUUCUGGACUUUCUUUUUUGAUAUUACACCUCGGAAUGGGUUACCUAGCUUUCUACAUAGAACUGCCAAUAUUAUUGGUUUCUUAAAUCUGCGGUGUAACAAAACCUA